CCAGCUCUGGCAACUCACUCUCCUCAGUGUAUUCUAGCUCACUUUCAGUGUGUUGAAGUCUUCACAAGUAUUUCUAGCUCGCUCUCCAAAGUGUAUUGAAAUCACCAUUAGUGCAGCCAGCUCACUCUUAGUUUGUUUGCCUCAUUCUUUGUACUGUUGUGUGUGUUGUCACUCAUGACGUCAAGAGAAGUGUAGCCCAGUUGGUGUACCAUGAUAGUGGGAAGUGAUGGGAGAACACAGCUUGUGGUAGCCCUACUCUUCUUUGUGUUAUGGCUUUCAGCUGUUUCAGAGGUCGGUGCAUCAUCGUCGUCGCUGCUGCUGUACUCGACCCUCUCAUGGAAUGGCCUCCGGGGUAAUGUCAAGUUUUCCUGGGAUGGACCUGGUACCAACAUCACCGUCCAGGUUGAUGUAGAGAUCACUGGUUUGAGCCUCGUGCCUGAUCCCGAGGAAUAUGACUGGGCCAUCCAUGACUGGCCCACCAGAUACGAUAUCAAGGAUCGCUGUACAGCCUCUUCUCUGGGAAGCAGAAAAUGGGAUUUGUCACGGUUGCUGGGGAGACUAACACUUCCUCAGAAUUCGUCGGCAAUAUUCGAAACAGACCAAUUGAGUUUUGUAGGCGAGAACUCCAUAUGGGGCCGCUCUCUCAGGAUCUACGGCAAAAGCAGGAGUACCUGUUCCAACAUCCAUGGCAUAGGUGGAGAAAGAACUUACGAGGCGCGGUUCCACAAUCCUAUUGGUGGUUCCAUCUGGCUGAGCAACUGGCCGUGGGAUCGUCCAUCUUGCAACUUCCUGAGCCGAGUGUAUGACCCAGAAGGUCGUGAGAAAUGUGAUGAUGAUGGUUGUCCGCAGGGAGACCUUACCAACACUCAUGGUCAGCUCAGAGUUGGCACUAGUAGAUCUCGUUUUUCACGCAAGUUCUACUCAACCACAAAGAUCACCCUUCCUGAUUUGUCGGGACCCCGUAAACUUUACUUAGCUGUAAUGGGCGCCCUCCACCCUGACCAUCUGUGGGCAUGUGCUAAACUUCGGGAAAUCAAACCAAAAUCUGCACGUGCCAUUUUUAACUCACAAGGCAUUACUGGGGAGGUUAGGCUGCAACAAGCCUCUGUCUUCAACCCAACGGAGCUAACGCUGGAUUUAAAAGGUCUCUUGAGCGAUGCAGGAGGAUUUCAUAUUCACGAACUGCCAGUCCAGCCCAAGACCCACCCUGGGGACUUGCCCUGUGAGGCCACCAAGGGCCAUUAUAAUCCAUACAGUGUUGAUCCUAGCACGUCCCCAGAGGCCGGCCUGGGAACCCACGAUAAAUAUGAGCUUGGAGAUUUGAGUGGUAAGCACGGCCUGCUGACUGGGCUGGAAGAUGCUAUGGCUACCGUCACUGACCACAACUUGCCGCUGUUUGGGCCACGCUCUGUUAUGACGCGCAGUUUAGUCAUUCAUAAGGUAUCUGGCACCCGCUGGGUGUGCGCCAACUUGCGCCCCACCACACCGCAGAUCCGUGCAGUUAUCACUUUCCGCUACCCUCUUGUGGGUGAGAUAGUGUUUGAGCAGGAGGCAGACGACCCGCUAGCGGACACUCAGGUGUUAGUGACGCACCUGGUGUACUCUGAUGGCAGUAAAAAUGACACAAGUGGCCACCCCUGGCACGUCCACCAGCAUGUACCCGGCAGAGACUUUUACAACUGGACCAUGAGAUGCGUCUCAGCUGGCCCUCAUUACAACCCUUACAAGGUGAGUUUGGUCGAAAAAGUGUAUAAGGAUUGCAACACAGACACUGCUGAACGUUGCGAGGUGGGUGAUCUGCAAAGCCGUCAUGGAAAACUUAAGGUGUCAGGGACUGUCCGUGGAGUGGCUGACACUCAGAGGCUUAUGACUGACACCAACCUGCCGCUAUCUGGCCCCAUGUCUAUCCUGGGACACUCCAUUGUCAUACAUGAUGAGCAUGCUCCCAAGCACAGGGGAGACAGGAUGGCGUGUGCUGGGAUCUACCGACGAUUCCGGCACAAAGGUGUGGUCAGCAAGUGGCAUGCAACACAGGGCUCUGGCAAGGUGGAGGGCAGGGUGGAGUUUGUCCAGGAAUCAGAGUACGACCUCACCAACACUCAGGUUGACCUCAGAGGACUUGAAGGUAUAGCUAAUGGCUAUCAUGUCCACAUGGUACCUGUAGAGGGGGAGCUGGAGUUCCCAUGUGCUGCAGCAACCACAUUGGGCCACUACAACCCCCUCAAUGUGACUGCUUCAGAGUCGCCGCCUCCUAGUGAGGGAACUCAUGAUCUGUACGAGGCUGGGGACCUGGCCGGUAAAUAUGGCACGCUGGAGGGACUCACCUGGAAGAAAUCAUUCUACAAUGACACUAACCUUCAGCUCUUCGGCUCCACCUCAGUCAUGGGCCGCUCAAUUGUCAUUCACAAGAAGGUCAAGAAUGCUAGGUGGUUUUGUGGCAGUAUCGGCUGGGGUUACUCCCCUGCUGAGGCUCGCCAGGUCUCUGCAAUAGCCUCCUUCCAUAACCCACAAGGCUAUGCUUGGGGCUACGUCAGGAUGCGCCAGCUGAUCUACCAGGAUGGCUCAUUCGAUGAGACAUUUAUUGAAAUCAACCUUCGUCACCCUGGCACCAACAACCGCAACAUCACUCGUCGACAUAACUGGUCAGUGUAUGUGAACCCCGUGGGAGUGGAUGCUGGUGUGAAGUUCUUCCAGUCGCGGUGUGUGGCUGCUGGAUACCGCUGGAACCCCUACCUCAUCCACCUUGCCUUCCCUAAUGAUCGGGACUUCUACGAGAGGGAGUGUGGACCAGCAGUGCCUCUCAGGUGCGAUGUUGGAGACCUGUCAGGACGGCUUGGCACCAUUGAUGUUGGUCACAAGAGAUACGUUUUUGUUGAUCGAAAUCUUCCUCUGUCUGGCCCUCAUGGCAUCAUGAACAGAGCCCUAAUCAUCCAUAAUGAAAAUGCUGGAGUCGAGAGAUUUGCGUGUGCCAACAUCCAACCAGACGAUGACAUCAUAAAAUGGGUCAUCAUCAGAAAGACGCCGAAGUUCACUGCGAUAACAUUUAUGGAUGAUAUGCGAGAAGUGCUGGGAGCCCCAGAGUGGUACCUGGCUGCUGACCUACAGACAGUCUCCUUCUCCUCCGACCUCCAGUGUGUCACCUUUGUCAUCCAUUUUAUGGUGUGUGAAGGUCUGGUGGUGCUCUUCAUCCAACGAAUUGGUGAUGAUUCUUCCUGUAUGACCCCUGUGCGUUUAGUGAUUCCUAUGAAUGGUGUUUCUAACUCCCAGAGUGUGCUACAUGCUAUCCAGAAAUUCAACUCUCCUCAUCCCAUCGACCUUCGUAUAGAACUGGGUGCCUGGCACCGUGUGUAUAGAGCACCAAAUUCCCUCGAGGGAGGCGAUGCUAGUGAGAGAAGCUUGGUCCAGAACACCGGACUCAAGCUCCAUCCCCUUGGAUCAAACCUGAGCGCCUCCCAGUCCCCGUUCGCUACAAGAUCCUUACGGGUUUAG